CGGACACACACAGCGUGACUCCCGUCAGGUAGAGACCGGUCUCCAGUCAGCACCGCUGCAGACUCGCUGUUUGAGGGCUUGAUAGCCCACUCCCCCUCCACACCGCUCUACACUCGUUGGUUUGGAACAGACCUUAAUGUGGCGGACCCUCCGCGCGAACGCGCAAACGGAGGGGUAGGGUGUAGGGGGCGGUUUGGGAUUGGGCCUAAAUCACACACUGUUGGCCAUCGGGACAUGUUGUCUCUUCACUCUGCUGCUUCUGCCUGAGUUUACUGUGUGAUCGACUGCUUCUGCCUGUGUUUACUGUGUGAUCGACUGCUUCUGUCUGAGUGAUCCAACAUGGCGACCCCCGCAGCAUCACGUGUUCUGUUCUCUGAGGCGGUGAGACAGGUGCUGCUCAGCUGGCCGGUUCUACAGAUCGCGGUGGAUAAUGGGUUUGGAGGCGUGUACGGGACGCAGAAAGCUGAUUGGAUGGUGGAUGUGGUGCAGCAGUUUUUCCAUGACAACGCCGACCUGCAGCGCGGAGAAGUUGAAGACUUCCUGUCCGACAUCAUGAACCAAGAGUUCAACACAGUGGUGGAGGACGGGAGUUUACCUCAGCUGUGUGACGCUCUGCUGCAGAUGUUCUCUCAGUGGCAGCAGGGGGCGCUGCAGACGCUCAGAAACACCAUCGACUCCUUGUCUCAGAAGAAGAGUGAGAGGGCAAAGGUCACGGCCCCCCCCCCUCAGUCUGAUGAAGAUGAGGAGGAUGAAGAACCUCAGGUGAUGGAGUGUGAACCCUCCGCUCCGUCAGUCAGCAGGAAAGCAGACCCUCCUGAGGAAGAGGACGGCUGGACGGUGGUGAAGAAGAAGUGAAGAGGAGUGUGUGUGUGUUUUUAAUAAACCUGUUGAAAUGCUGUUACUGAA